UCACGACAGCCCGCCGAGCGCUGCCCUGCUGCUAUUAAAGAGCACGUUCAGGACAGCGGCUCCGCGCACUCCCCGCCGGCGACAGCGGCACGACGAUGGACGCGCCGAACUACGAGGAGCUCAGCGCCUUCCUCGGGGAAUGGGGGCCUUUCCAGCGGAUCGUCUUCUUCCUUCUCAGCCUGAGCAUCGUCCCCAACGGCUUCACGGGCAUUUCCAUCGUGUUCGUGGGCGACACGCCGCCGCACCGCUGCCUCAUACCGGCCAGCGCGAACCUGAGCGCGGCGUGGCGGAACAGCGCGGUGCCCCUGGAGGCGGCGAACGGCGUCACCCGCCACAGCCAGUGCACCAGGUACAGGCUGGACGUGAUCAAGGCUUUCUCGGACAAAGGGUACCUGCCCGGCGUGGACGUGAACGUCAGCGAUGUGCAGCAGGAGGGCUGCGCGGACGGGUGGGAGUACGAGCGAGGGACGUACGCGUCCACCAUCGUGACGGAGUGGGACCUGGUGUGUGAGGAUGAAUGGAAAACCCCUCUGACAUCAUCGAUCUUCUUUGGUGGAGUAUUGACUGGUUCCUUUCUAUCUGGACAACUGUCAGAUAGGUUUGGGAGGAAACUUGUCCUCUUUGCAACAAUGGGUGUUCAGACCAUAUUCAUACUACUGCAAGUUUUCUCCACAUCUUGGGUCAUGUUCUGUGUGUUUUUCUUUAUCGUUGGCAUGGGACACAUUUCAAACUAUGUGGCAGCAUUUGUGCUAGGAACGGAGAUUUUAAGCCAGUCUGUUAGGAUCAUCUUCUCCACUCUGGGAGUGUGCAUUUUCUUUGCCAUGGGCUACAUGACUCUUCCAUUGGUGGCCUAUUUUAUAAGAGACUGGAGGACACUGGUGCUUGCACUGACUGUUCCAGGUUUCCUCUGCAUCCCGCUGUGGUGGUUCAUCCCAGAGUCGCCCCGUUGGCUCCUUUCCCAGGGCAGGGUGGAGGAAGCUGAGGCCAUCCUCAGAAAUGCUGCCAGGAUGAACAGGGUCAUGGCUCCAGAGGUCAUCUUCCAAUCUGUCCAGGCCGAGUCCAAGACGGAGAAAGUCAAGCCCCACAACAUCUGUGACCUGGUGCGCUCCAGUAACAUCCGCUUUAUCUCCAUCACGCUGGGCCUGGUAUGGACAAUACUGUCCAUUGGAUACUUUGCCUUGUCACUGAACACCUCCAAUCUGCAUGGGCACAUCUACCUGAACUGUUUCAUCUCUGCGGCCAUCGAGGUCCCCGCCUACAUCUCAGCUUGGCUCCUGCUGCGUUACUGCGCCCGACGCUACUGCCUCUUCUCCACGCUCUUCCUGGGUGGAGUCGUGCUGCUUUUCAUUCAGCUCCUGCCCCAAGACCUGAAUUUAUUGUCCAUCGCCCUGGAGAUGCUGGGGAAGUUUGGCGUCACGGCGGCCUUCUCCAUUGUCUACGCCUAUACGGCAGAGUUAUACCCCACCGUGCUGCGGAACACGGCUCUGGGCGCCUGCUCGAUGGCCUCCAGAGUGGGCAGCAUUUCGGCCCCUUACUUCAUCUAUCUGGGCAAGUAUAGCAAGUUUCUGCCUUACAUCAUAAUGGGGAGCCUCACCGUCGUCUCCGGGCUGCUCAGCCUGCUGCUUCCUGAGAGUCACCAGCAGCCCCUUCCUGAGACCCUCGACCACAUGCAGAGGAUUCAGGGGUGCAAAAAGAAACGAGGAUCCAGAAAUGUGUCCAUCGGUGCAGAGGAGGAAGUGAAGAUCUCAGAAACAUUAUGAUAUCUGCCACUAUGUACCUGUAAUUUGCUUAGACGGUUUUGUAAAAAAUACACUUUAUAUGAAAACGAAUACAUUAAAAAGAAACCCUAAUGUUGAUUACCUUUCAAUAAUAGCAUUUGAAAUACAUCAUUUAUUUGGAUUUGUCAUGUACAGUAACUUUUUAAAAAAAUGUUUGUUAGACACAGGUUGCGCAAUUCCUGUCCGGUUUAGCUAGUAACUACAGUACAUCUUAAAUUUAAACAAGAAAAAUCUGUCAUACUAUUAAAUCAGAUUUCUCCAGUUCAUUUGUACAGUGUCUAUGAAUGUUGUGCUAGUAAUAGUUUACAUUUAAUAGAAACAAACUGGUCGUACUACAUCCCCCUUUACAUAAAUGGAGUGCGUUAUAUUGCUAGUAAAGUUAGUACUGAACGACCAAGG